CGUAGUUCACUAUCUCUAAUACGUACUACUCUAAACCUAUUUACAAAAAUAUUAAAGUGGAUUUAUUUUAUUGAUUUCAGAAAUGUGUGAAUCGGCUGGCGGUGAUUCAGAUUCAGAUACGUGCUGCGUAAUUUUCUACGGUAUAUGGAGCAUAGUUAUUGGAGCUCUUUCCUUGUUGCCGGCGAUAUAUAUCAUUGUUGACGUCUCGUUGAUUAUGGCUGGAACAAGUGCUUUCCUCGUGGUUGUCCUUGUACUAACCAUUCUAUAUGCUAUUGUCUGCGCGACGUACCUUUUUGCUGGGGUUUUCUUGUUGGUCGGAUGGUCAUAUCAAUCAAAAUGGAUAUUUAUGUGUGGAAAAAUUCUUAGCUAUUUCUUUCCAAUUUACACCUUUAUGUCCAUAUUUACAAUAAUUGUCCACUUUGUUAUCCUCCCGAAAAUAUGCAGGUAUAUGCAAAAGACCUGGCCCUAAAAAGCCGUACGACGACUCGUGUUUUGGAUUACUUCACAAUUCUGCCAACGCGGUACACGCCCCUAUAAAUCUAUUGUUGUACUGUACAAUUCCGGAAAAAAUCCUAGAAAUCGCCAAACAAGGACUAGCCUGCAAAGUCUGUUACCAGGCGAAUGUUUAUAAAAAUUGUUUGUAAUGCUG